CUUGGUGUAGGAGGCGUGGUGUGUUGUGUGCUGUGUGGUGAAGGCAGUCCAGUACCAGACUGCUCGUGGUGACACAGCGACACACAUGCACUGGCUGCAAAUUACUCUCUUCAUUUGUCAGUAAGGAAAUGACUGACUAAAACUUCCUGUCUGUGUUCGCUAAAUAAGUGUUCUUACUGUUGGUUAUCCGGAAAGCAGUGACGAAGAUGAACUAAGAUAAGCAGAUAGAGAGAAAAUCAAUAUAGCAGUGUUCUAUGACAACCAGUUACGUAUUUAGCAGACUUCAGCUAUCGUAGGAGCAAGAAAACCUCUUGAAAUAAUAUAUUGAUGUGUUUCUAACAACGUCGCAUACCCGCGUGUUGUUUUGUGUGUGCUUCAAGUUGUGUUUGCAUCUCUCUCCCUCCGCCAAGACCUGCAGCUGACGAAAACAGGAAUACUCAUCACGAGCACUGCCCAUCGCCUUUGCUAUCAUGCCGGUGUGGGCGCGCGGGGCUAGUCUGCCAUGGGCGUUGGUGCUGCUAGCGAUGAGCAACGGCCUGAGGGUGCAGGAUGCGCUGGACAGGGACACAGUGCUGUACCAGGUGCCGUCCACCUCCACCCGCCGGGAUGGACGCGCCCUGCCUAGCACCAUUAUCGUCUCCAGCCCAAUGCUGUUGAAGGUCAGACCCAAGGGCGCCGCGUCUCCCCCCAAGGCGUCUCAGGAGGCUGAGGAUGACACCAAGUACUCCUACAUCCCUCUGUCUUCCUCCAAGACACAAGAGGAGCCAGAGGAGUCUGCUGCCCCAGCCAAAGAGAAUCCCAACCCCGUCAACACCAAAGAGUCCGGCGUGGGCGUGAAAUCCAAAAUCAAGUUCCAUACGAUCCACUGUACGAGCGACAAGCCGUGCUCCACCAUCAUCCAGGCGCCCGUCAAACCCCACAACUACAUCAGCAGCACCACCACCACCAACAGCAGUAGCAGCAGGAGGCAGCCCUUCACCCAGGAGCAGAUCAAGCGGUACCUGCAGCAGUUCAGUCUACGUCAAGGCUUCCGCUACGGCAAGGAGUUCGAGGAGAGCGGCACCCCAGACGCUUCCCGGGGGCCUUCCAGGGGACGCAUGCUCCUCAGGGAUCCCAAGUGGGUCCUCCUUGAACAGGACAGUAAGUACGAGGGGCAGGACCCGUGGUAUGACGAGCCAUGGAGUCCUGGGUCUGUGUACAGGUACCAAACGUACAGACCCGAAGGAUUCGAUCCCCACAAGUCUCCCGUCACGGACUGGGACAGCGUUUACGCCUCCUUCCCCAGUAGACACUCCACUACUGGGCGACCCAAGUACUCUCCUCCCUCAAGGCCGCUCACUCCUGACACUGACAACAGUGAGACUUCAGGCAGACGCCCGUCGCGGCCUCGCCGUCCGUCCACUAACGGCGUGUGGAGCCGUUACAGCACCUCCACCAUCACGCAACUGGACAAGAACUCGGGCCAAUGGGUGAAGGUGUCUUCCAGCGGCCCUCACAAAGACAAGUCUUGGCAGUUCCCGUCCCACUCGCACCCCACGCAGCAGACGCAGGUCCAGUUGACGGUGCUCGGCGUGGACGAAGACCUCGACACUCCCCGCGGCAAUGGCGUCAAGCCAGAGACGCACAUGGUAGUGAAGCCCAACGACGUGCCUGGUCACCCGCCCGCAGUGAUCGAGACGAGUAGUCUUCCCCACCACCACGACUACCACCACAACUACCACCACCAACACCAACAACAACAAGAGGAGGAAAAGCCCGCCAGUUCAGAGUCCAGCAGCGUGCAAUAUGGCAAGCCGUUUUACGUCCACGGAAGCCUCGUACUAGUGAAGGAGUGAAGGUGUGUGUGUGUGUGUGUGUGUGUGUGUGUAUUUACCUAGUUGUAUUGUACAGGCUUCGAGCGGGGCUCAUAGUGUCUUGUCUCCAUAUCUCCAUUUAUCUAAUGUUUCCUUAAAGUUAUGCACAUUAUGUGCAGUGUGUGUGUGUGUGUGUGUGUGUGUGUGUGUGUGUGUGUAUACGAGAGUUCCUUGUAAUGUGUUGUUUACUUAGCCAGUAGAAGCACUGUUAGAUUAGUUAAUGAUAAAUUAUACAUAUCUAA